UGUUAUUUCAUUUUGCUUCUCUGUUAAUUCUGAUUCAGUCGUAACGCAAGUGUCGACGUAAUAUUACUAGUUGCUUACACUUGUUAUUAUUGCCGGUUGUUUAUGUUUAUAUUUUGAUGUCAUUAUUUAUGGUUAUAAAAUAUGACCAGAACUAAGGAAGAUGAUCAAGUGGAUGCAAGUUCAGUUUUGGUGUUUUACGUUAAUGGCAAACGAAUUGUUGAUGAGAAUGUAAAUCCGGAAUGGACACUGUUGGUCUAUUUAAGGAAUAAAUUAUUAUUAUGUGGAACCAAAUUAGGAUGUGGGGAAGGUGGCUGUGGUGCUUGCACAGUUAUGGUAUCCAAAUUCGACAGGACUACUCAAGAAGUAUUGCAUUAUCCUGUGAAUGCCUGCCUAGCACCGGUAUGUUCUAUGCAUGGAUUAGCCGUGACUACCGUUGAAGGCAUCGGUUCAACUAAAACUAAGCUGCACCCGGUACAGGAGCGUAUUGCUAAGGCACACGGCACUCAAUGUGGUUUCUGUACGCCUGGGAUAGUCAUGUCCAUGUACACUCUUUUGAGAAAUCAUGGAAAACCGAAAAUGGAAGACCUUGAUGUGGCUUUCCAAGGAAAUCUCUGCAGAUGUACCGGGUACAGACCUAUCAUAGACGGUUACAAGACAUUUACUGAGGAGUGGGAGGUGAUGCAGGCUGCCAAUGGUAUGACCAAUGGAAAGACUAAUGGUUUGAACGGAUGUGGGAUGGGUGAUAAAUGUUGCAAAUUGCAAAACAGUAAUGCAAUCACCAAUGGUAUAAACGGCGUGCAUAAAACUAAAGACGAAGUUGGCAAAUUAUUCGAAACAAGCACAUUUGUACCGUAUGACAGUUCCCAAGAACCUAUUUUUCCUCCUGAAUUAAAACUUAAUGACGCUUAUGAUAAAACAUCGUUGGUGUUCAAAGGAGAAAACGUUACUUGGUACAGACCCAAAACAAUAGAAGAGCUUUUACAGCUUACCCAGCAGAAUCCUGGUGCAAAGAUAAUUGGAGGUAAUACAGAAGUUGGUGUGGAAGUGAAAUUUAAAGCACAACUAUAUCCGGUUUAUAUAAAACACACUUCCGUUGUUGAAUUGAACCAGAUUGUGAUUAACAGUGAUAACAUACGUAUAGGUUCUGCCGUUACGUUGGAUGUCAUUGAAUCCACAUUCAAAAAUCUUAUUGCCACUCGCCCAGAAUGGGAAACACGCAUUUGCAAUGCUGUGGUUGAAAUGUUACAUUGGUUUGCUGGUAAACAAAUUCGGUGUGUAGCUACAAUUGGUGGUAAUAUCAUGACUGGAAGUCCGAUUUCAGAUUUAAAUCCAAUUUGGAUAGCAAUUGGAGCACGCUUACACCUGCGAAGUAUUGCAGGCAAUCGCACAGUCUUGAUGGAUAAUCACUUCUACACUGGAUACAGGAAAAAUAUUGUUAACUCAGAUGAAAUCUUAGAAGCAAUUGAAAUACCGUUCACCAGGCGUAACCAAUAUGUCUUUGCUAAUAAACAAUCUCGUAGAAGAGAUGAUGACAUUGCUAUUGUGAACAGUGCUUUAAAUUUAAUUCUUUCUGAAAGUCCAGAUAAUAAAAUUGAAGAUAUAAACAUGGCUUUCGGUGGAAUGGCCCCAACUACCAUCGCGGUCAAGAAAAUCAAACAAUUAAUUGGUCAAAAAUUUGAUGAGAAAAUGUUGGAAACUGCCUACCAACUGCUGUUGGACGAUCUACCAUUCCCCGAAAAUGUUCCGGGAGGAAUGAUUUCGUACAGACGUUCUCUUGCAAUAAGUUUCUUCUUCCGCUCUUAUCUCAACAUUUCGAAGCAAUUGAACGUAUCAAUAGAUCCAAAAAAUCUAAGCGCAUUGAACAAAUUCACUUCAAAGCCACCAAAAAGCAGUCAAUACUUUCAAGUUUUUGAAAAAGAACAAGUCACGGAUACAAUAGGACGUCCUAUUGUUCAUACUAAUGCUAUGAAUCAAGCCACGGGUGAAGCAAUCUAUAUUGAUGACGUACCAAUCUUUGAGAAAGAACUGCACUUGGCAUUAAUUUUUUCCAAAAAGUCCCAUGCCCGAAUUCUAAAUGUUGAUAUAUCUAAAGCACUUGCGGCCCCACAUGUUGUGAAUUUUAUCUUACCAGAAGAUAUUCCAGAUGAUCGACAGGCUUGUGGGUUGAUGGGAGACGAGAUAUUAGUUCGUAGUGAUCUGGUUACAAGUCAAUAUCAAGUAUUAGGUGGUAUUCUAGCUACAAAUCAACUAGCAGCAAAACAAGCUGUUAAUUUGGUGCAAGUAACCUAUGAAGAACUCAAACCAGUUGUGACUAUGGAUCAAGCCAUAGAAGAAAACUGUUUCUAUCCACCAGAGGCUAAACUAUGUUUUGGUAACGUAACAGAUGCAAUGCCAAAAUGUAAAAAUACUAUUUCUGGUGAAGCUCGAACCGGAUACCAAGAACACUUUUAUUUGGAACCUCAUGCAUAUUUGGCAAUACCCAGAGAAGCCGAUGAAAUGGAAAUUUAUGCUUGUUCCCAAGAUCAAACAGGGUUGUCAGAAGUGGUUGCUAAAUUAUUAGGUGUAGAUCAAAACAAAGUCAUCGUUAAAGUGAAACGUAUUGGUGGUGGUUUUGGUGGUAAAGAAACAACCGGUAGAAAAUUAGCGUUAUAUGUUGCUCUGGCUGCAAAGAAAACAAAACGUCCUGUGAGAUUAGUCUUGGAAAGAGAUGAAGAUAUGGGUUAUACUGGUGGUCGCAAUCCUGUUAUGUUUAAAUACAAAUUAGGUUUUGAUGAUGAUGGCAGAAUCCACGCAGCCGAAGUUGACAUGUUUGUAAAUGCUGGAUAUUCAGCAGAUGUGUCUCUUGCUGUAGCUUCCGUUGGAAUCACUCAUGUUACAAACUCUACAAAUAUACCAAAUAUAAGAGUAAUUGGUAAAGUAUGCAAGACUAAUCUACCUACAAACACUGCUAUGCGUGCGUUUGUCAACGCACAAACUAAUUUUGGAGCCGAAGCAAUGCUGAGAGAUGUUGCUGAAUACUUAAAUAAGGAUUACGUUGAAAUAGCCAGACUUAAUUUGUAUAAGGAAGGAGAUUUAACUAUUUAUAAUCAACCUUUGGUUGAUUGCAACGUUCGAAGAUGUUUCGAAGAAGUUUUGGUUAAUUCUGACUUUAACAACAGGAAGAAAGCUGUUGACAAAUUUAAUAAGGAAAAUCGUUGGAAGAAACGGGGUAUUGAUGUUGCAACUACUACAUACGGCAUUGGUUUUGGAAAUGAUGCAUUGCAACAAGCUGGAGCUUUAAUUUUGAUUUACAAAGAUGGUUCUGUAUUGUUAACACACGGUGGAGUAGAAAUGGGUCAAGGACUUCACACUAAAAUGAUACAAGUAGCUAGUAAGAUGCUAAACAUUCCCAUUGAAAAAAUACAUACUACUGAAGCCAGUUCUGAUAAAGUUCCUAAUACCACAGCCACUGUUGCAAGUAUGUCUUCUGAUUUAAAUGGAAUGGCUGUAAGAGAUGCCUGCAUUAAAAUUAACAACCGCCUAGAACCUAUUAAAGCAAAAAAUCCGAAAGGCACUUGGGAGGAGUGGAUUAUGGCAGCUUAUAACCAACGCAUCAGUCUUUCCGCAACAGGAUUUCAUCGAGAACCACCAGUUAACUGGGAUUGGACUACAAAUACCGGGGAUAAAAUGUUUAAUUACUUCUCAUUUGGGGCGGCUGUUACUGAAGUAGAGAUUGAUUGCUUAACUGGUGAUCAUCAACUACUGCGUACUGAUAUUGUCAUGGAUUUAGGCAACAGUUUAAAUCCAGCAAUUGACAUUGGCCAAAUUGAGGGCGCGUUUAUGAUAGGGUACGGCUUGUUUGUCAGAGAAGAAAUGGUCACUUUGCAGGAUGGUACUUAUUUAUCCAAGGGACCUGGAGCUUAUAAGAUCCCAUGUUUUGGAGAUAUUCCAAUUGAGUUUAAUGUAGCGCUGUUGAAAGAUUCCUCUAAUCCACGAGCGGUGUUUUCGUCAAAGACAACUGGGGAGCCACCUUUGUGUUUAGCAACAUCAACAUUCUUUUCAAUUCGGGAGGCAAUCAAAGCAGCACGCAAGGAUGCAGGUGUCACAGAGAACUUCCGGAUGCAAGCUCCCGCUACUCCUGAACGUAUUAGAAUGGCUUGUCAAGAUCAUCUCACCAAAAAAGUGGAACCAGUGAAGUCAACAUGGAACAUCGAGUAUAUAUAGAGUAUAUAUACUUACAUAUUAUAUUAUAUUAUAUUAUAUUUCAUAUAUGAUCAAAUUUAUAAAAUUGAAAAUAAAGUUUAGGUCGCGUUAACAGGUUUCCUACCACUUUAA